AUGAAUUUUGCUUUCUUUCUUUUUAUUGCUACUCAAAUCAUUCAAAGGUCAGAAAGCAAAAUGCUAAAUGUCACAAUAAAAUGCCCAGUUUUCAAUUUAAGAAAGCGAAUAUCAAUAUUGCAAGAUGGUUGAUAUUUGCCUUGGCUUAACUCGGACACAAAGACUUCAACCACAAAAAUAUUCACAGAUCACAACUUCAUUUAUGAUAUCCUCAAACCUUAUCUCCCAGAAAAUGAAUAUUGCGACAUUUGAGAGCCAGACCAGUUUAAAAUGAUGAAUCCUUCAGCAAUAUGACUAAAUGAUAAACAAAUGUUUUUGGCUGUUGCUAGAAUCAAUGUUAACAAAAAUAAGAGUUUUUUAUAUUCAAGCUGAUAUGAUUCUAAUUGAAAUGAAGUGAUAACAGAAGAUUUUGUAGGGAAUACAUCAGUACCUGGAAUUUUGCCGAUUGAGAUUCCAAGUUUGUAUUUACUUAACGCAGGGCCUGAAGACCCAAGGAUUUUUUGAGCUUUUAAGAAUCAGCUAUUUGUAGCAUUUAAUAUGUAUGAUUAUGAUGAAAGGAGAAAAAUGGGACUAAUAUGAAAAAAGUGAAGCAUACUUUUUUAUUGUAAACAGUGUAAAAAGUUCAUAGCAAAAGAAAAAAUGCCUAGAGAUCACUAGUGCCAACGACGAAAAAAUAGUUGUUGCCGAUUCUAGUUAGGGAAUUUAUCCAUAGCUGGAACUCUAGUCACUCAACCACAGCAUUCAAGUCCCAAACAUGUAUACUCCAAGGUUCCGAUAUAGCAUUGAGAAUCAGGCCGAAAGCCGGAGGAGAACUAUCUCUAGUGGAAAUGCGUACAUACUCAGGGAGGUUCGCUAGCAGCUGAACGAGUCUUCUACGAAGAUUGGGGUGAGACGUAAAAGGAGUUAGAGCCCUAAUCUAUAAUGAAUGUUAAUGUUUAUACAGCACUUUUUUAAUAAGAUUUUUGAGUGAAAAAAAUUAAUAAGAUAAAUUCAAUAAUGCAUUCAUUUUACCAUUCUGAAUUUGCUAUUAUAUUUUAGUUAAUAGGCAAAAACAAAAACUUGGAUUUUAUUUUAUUUCCUGUUUUCUUUAUUUAUUAUUAUACCUCUUCUUUUGCUAUGCUUUUUUUAAAAUUUUCAGUCAUUUUGACGAUUUGCAGUGCAGCUAUAAAAAAGCACACUGUACUUUUUUCAUCUUCACCCGAAAAAUGUGGGUUUAUAAUUUUAACACAACUGAAUUUUAUCCAUUUUCUAUCCUAGAGCAUAUGCUUAGAGGCUAUUAUGGGGAAAAAAAUUGGACUCCACUUAUUGUAGAUGAUGAGCAUUUGUAUUUUGUAUAUAAUUAUAAAGAUUUUCAAUUAAUUGAUUGUGCGGAAAAAGGAAAAAAUUGUUUAUGAAUUAAUGGAGUUUGGGAUCGAGUCCCUGAAGGGUUGAAAGGUGGAUCCCCAUAUAUGCAAUAUAAAAAUACUAGCUAUUAUGUAAAUUUAGGCUAUUCUCACGUAUUUGUAUCUCAAAACAACAUUACCUGCGAAAUAUAUCGCCCUUGUCUUACGUUAGUUAGAAAGAAUGAGGAUGCACCUUUUUUGGAAUUAAUAUAUGCCUUUCAAUAGUGCAUUGAUAUUAUAUUUAAAUGCCCAUUUUAUAUUAUUUUACCGUUUAUAAUCCAUUGAGUUAUUCCAGGUAAAUCAUACACAAGUGAGCCAAUGGAUUUCGCAAACCAAUUGUUUUUAAAGCCAUUAACAAGAUAUGCUUCUGUCGAUGAAAUAGAUAUUUGUGGAGAUGCGAGAAUUAUGAUGGCGCUGUCAAUAGCGCGAUGAGACUAUGAAAAUGAUAUUGUUGAUAUGACGAUUAAUAUAAAUGAUACGAUUCCACUAGCUUUAAAAGUGUCUGGCGUUGGCGAUGUUAUAGACGAAGUAAUUAUGUGAGAUGGUUUAGGAAAGCUCCCUAAAGAAAAUAAUUGUGCUGAAAGGUUGUUAUUUUUAGAAUUUGGCACAGUACAGCCUGCAAAACGCCAACUUAACAAAAGAAAGAGAAGGCCUCGUAAUGACUAA